AUUUGGAGGGGUAAGAUUUCCCCCUCUGGCUAUGGGCUACAAACUGUCUACUGGCCAGAGGAGGGAAGAAAGGUGGAAAAGGCCCACAGAGUUGCCCUUAUGGCAGAGUGGAAACUGACUCGGAGUCUUCCAUGCCUUCCUUGGCCCAGGUGAAUUCAUCACCGAUGUUUUUGGCCAUAGGUAUAUUCGCCCCACAUGUCUGCUCAGUGCACACAUGACUGGGAUUGUUCUUGAGAUGUUGUCCUUUGGGGCAUAUUUUGUUUUUAGUUACUAAAGAUAUUAUUUUGUGACUACUGGUCACAUUCUCUGCAAUUGAGAAGACGGUUUGUGUAGCUGGCUGGAAGGGGGUUUCCCCUACCCCAGAAUAUAGGGCGUUAUUAUACAUCCCGUCGCACUGAAUUCCUAUGGUUUUUGGACUUUUGGCCCCCCUCAAUUUAUUAAUAUCAACUAAUUUCUUACAUCUUUUUUUCAUAUCAGACUUGUUUAAGGUGAUUACUUUUUGCAUAAUGGUGUUGCUUGUUUUUUGUAGAGAAGACUCGGCUGGAGGUGGGGUGUUGGUUGACAUGAGGAUUUUACGAAGAGAAGAACUGCCAAUGGGGGUUUGACUGAGACCUAUUUGUAGGCCAUAGUUUAUUGCUGCUGCUUUCCUUCCCCUGGAACCGGAUUCUACUUCAACAUAGAGGCUAUACAUUUUGGACACGUAGGUGCAGGUGUUACAUUUAAGCCGUAACCUAGUGCCCAGGCCACGCCUCUCUUCAGAGUCCAAGUCCCAGGUUAGGUCACCAUCACAGCCUGGAUUGGCCCGCCCAUGUUCUUUGAACUCUGCGUUGAACAUGCCACAUGUCUUUUCCAGAUGCAGCAGUCUGUAGGAGUCAUUUUCACACCUGCUGAAAUCAGUUAUGUACCUGAUUACUUCCUAACCAGGGGUCUUGGCCGAAGCAGUCGGUGGCACCCAGGCCUGAGCAUCAUUUCCUGCUCCUCGCACAGAGAGGGUGGAUGCGUCACCAGUUGUAGGGUUUCCCAGUCAACUCUCGUGAAUGGUGCAGGAAAAACACCAGAAUUGCCUAGCUACAGGGCGCCGCCAUUGUGGACACCCAAAGUUGUGCGGAGAAGAAAAGUUGACAGGAGAUCUGAUUGGUCAUUAACAGAAAAUCUUUGUGAUGGAAUUUAAUAGUGAAAUAUAAGUGAUAAAAAUGACAGGUGACGUAACAGAAUAUGUAGAAAGAUACAGAAGUUAUAAGGGAAGAUCUGAGUGGAGAGGUGAUAUUUGGAUGGACAAUUUCAUUCAGUGCGGAUCUACACUAGUUGUAAACAGGCCAAAAUUUGAAGGAAAAACGCAACGGCAAGCCAUAUAUUUUUUGGUGGAAUUUUGAAGGGGAGAUGAUGAACUUUGCUGAAUGGUGACUGAUUUUUUGAAAAUUGGCUUAAUAAAUAAUUGACAGUGA